AUGAGCGGCCGCAACGUAUCGCAUGGCCGCGGCGGAGCCGGAAAUAUCUCCCGGCAACAAUCCGCCACCACACCCCGCGACCUCGUCACACCGACCAUCAAGCAAGAGGUCUACACAACCGGCCGCGGCGGCUCAGGCAACAUGGUACACAAUGACCCCGGGCGACCGGAGAUUGCGCGCGAGAGUCAAGACGUUGAGUCGCCGCCGUUGCGCGCGGAGCAGAUCCCCCACCACACCGGACGAGGCGGCGCGGCGAAUGCUUAUAUCCCUUCUCUGGAAGAGGAGCGGAGACAUCGACAGGAACAGGAGGCAGAGUUGAAGCGGGUGCGCACUGCAUCCAAGGAUCGCGUCAAGGAGAUCGAAAAGGAGCAGAAGGAGCGCAACCAGUCGCCUGCGAGCUGA